AUUAUUAGUAUUCAUUCUCGCUUCCCUCUUCCUUCUCCUUCACAAAUCUCCACUCUACUUUACUCUCUCUGCAUAUUUUUUUAGGGUUUUUUCGGAGGGAAGAGGAAGCAUCAGACAUGGCUGGCUACAGAGCUGAAGAUGACUAUGACUACCUCUUCAAGGUUGUCUUGAUUGGAGACUCUGGUGUGGGCAAGUCCAACUUGCUCUCUAGGUUCACCAAGAACGAGUUCAAUCUCGAGUCCAAGUCCACUAUUGGUGUAGAGUUCGCUACCAGGACCUUGAACGUCGAUGGCAAGGUCAUCAAGGCUCAGAUUUGGGACACUGCGGGUCAAGAAAGGUACCGAGCCAUCACCAGUGCUUACUACCGAGGAGCUGUAGGUGCACUCCUUGUAUACGACGUCACCCGACAUGCAACCUUUGAGAAUGUUGACAGAUGGCUGAAGGAAUUGAGGAAUCACACUGACCCCAACAUCGUUGUGAUGCUUGUGGGCAACAAAUCCGAUCUUCGCCACCUUGUGGCUGUCUCAACAGAAGAUGGGAAGACAUAUGCAGAGAGGGAGUCACUCUACUUCAUGGAGACUUCUGCACUGGAAGCGACCAAUGUAGAGAAUGCAUUUGCAGAGGUUCUGACCCAGAUAUACCGCAUUGUGAGCAAGAAGUCGGUGGAAGGAGGAGAUGAAGGAGCUGCUUCAUCUGUACCUGCCCAAGGUGAGAGAAUAAAUGUGAAAGACGACGCGUCUGCUCUGAAAAGAGUGGGGUGUUGCUCAGGGUAAGGUUUGGGGGAUUGAAUUGUGUUUGGGUAGAUUUGGCUUCUUUGUUUGGUGUAAUAUUUUCUCAGGGAUAGACAUCAGAAGGAAACUGGAAAAAGUGAUGUUCUUCAUAAGACAUUGAUUUGCUGUAUUGGACCGUGAUAUAUGGGAGCAGAAUAGGCACUUCCAUUGCA